CACUGGGCACUGGACGACCUUCACACACUUACUUGUACGUGUACUCAUUGUGCAUCCAUGCAUGGAAUCUUUUUUCUGCUGAUCCAGAGAGUGUCGGAAAUCUGCUUUCGUCCAACAAUCCCCCCGCACAGCCAGGUUUGAUUGACAACUGCAUCGCGCCCGAACAUCACCAGAGAACUUUCUCCGAUUCAAGCCUGAGAUUUAGAGCGAGCAGACUUAGAGUCCUCUUUGCCCUGCAACAAAGGGCGUCAGGAUUUCCAGCUGGAUACGUGCCUGGGCCAAAUAAAUAUGGCUGCAGCCCCGGAGGUUGGGACAAUCCUACACUUCCCUAGGCAUGUGAAGUACUGGAGAAGAAACCUCAAGACCCACUUGCCGACCUACUACACCGAAAAUGACACGAACCGCAUGAUGCUUGCCUUCUUCACUCUUUCCGCCGAGGAAAUUCUGGGGGACCUAGAUGCUGCCCUUUCACCAGAGGAGCGCCAAGGAUACAUAGACUGGAUAUACCAUUGCCAGCUCCCAGAGGGCGGCUUCCGGUCCUCUCCAGCAACAGACCUAGGCACUGCAAGAGAUGAUAAAAAUGCGGUAUGGGAUCCUCCGGAGUUGUCCGGGACGUUUGGUGCACUUCUCUCAUUAGCCAUUCUGGGAGACGACCUGCAAAGAGUGAAGAGGAAGGGGAUAUUGCGUUGGCUGAGCGCAAUGCAGAGACCAGAUGGUAGUUUUGGACAAAUCCUAGAAGACUACGGCCGACCACCAGAAGGCGGAUACGAUCCCAGAUUUUGCUACAUGGCCGCUGGCAUCAGGUGGAUUCUCAGGAGCAAUGUCGAAGGUCCUGUCGAAGGCGUACCAGAUAUUGACGUCGACAAAUUGGUGCAAUGUAUUCGGGAACGGGAGACGUAUAAUGGAGGCAUUGCUGCAGCCCCGUUCCGGGAAGCUCACGCUGGAUAUACCUCGUGUGCCAUCAGUGCCUUGUCUCUCGUCGAUCGUCUUCCUCUCCAAUCCUCACAACCUCCAGAUACCCGCUUACGGGGACUCACAAAACCUCAUCUAACACUGCGUUGGCUUGUCUCGCGGCAGACGUUGACACUGGACAACGACGACGCCAUCGACACUCACGGAGAAGAAGCGAGCCUCUCGGCCACAUAUUGCAGCGGAUCACCACCCUCAGAUUCUGCCAUUCCCGAGCUACCAUGGGUUGGAAUCAACGGGCGCUGCUGCAAGAUUGCAGAUACUUGCUACAGCUACUACGUUUGCACAUCGCUUCAUAUCUUAGGCCAUCUUGACCUGGUGAACGCGAAACCCAUUCGACGCUGGUUGCUCGACAGGACUCAGCACCUUGUACUAGGGGGCUUUGGGAAGACGCCGGGCGACUAUCCAGAUAUCUUGCACGCCUAUCUGGGUCUCUUCACGCUUGCUUUAUUCGGCGAGCCUGGUUUGAGACCCGUUUGGGCCCCUUUGUCUAUAAGUCAGCGUGUCAAAGAGCACAUAGAAUCGCUGCCUUGGAGAAAGCAGGUAGCAAGCUAUGCAUAAGCAUUGG